AUGGUUAACGACAAAAAGCGUCGAUCUAGGUCGCGGGAGCGAUACAGGGAGGAUCGGCCGGCGGUGGGGAAUCCCCGCGAUCGCGAGCGGGACAGAGACCGUGCGAGAGAACGGGACCGGCAGUACGAGAGGGAGAAAGACAGACGCCAACGGCGGUCGCGUUCCCGGGAGGAUCGCGGCAGGCGGAGGUCACCGGAACGUCAAAGGCCUCGGGAAAAUGUCCGGGAGCGAUCCAGAGAAAGAGAAGGAGGCGGACGACCUGGUGGUGGUGGUGCUGAAAAGAAGUUGAAGAUGGAUUCUGGUGAUGGUCUACCCAAACCCUUAAUAGUCGACGACGAUGAGCUCCGGGAUGAAAAUGAUUCCAAGCUGAAAAAGGAGCCCCUCUCGUUGGAGGAACUGUUGGACAAAAAGAAACGAGAGGAGGAGGCCAGGAGCAAGCCCGUUUUCCUCACCAAGGAGCAGCGGGCCCUGGAAGCCAUCAAGCGGCGUCAGGAGGAAGUGGAGCGCCAGCGGGCCGCCCACGAUGCGGCUCGUGAACAAAUGGCCGCCGCCAGCAAGGUCAGCAUCUCCAUGGGCACGGCCAUGGCAUCGGGAGCUCCUCCACCGGCCAUCAUGGCACCGCCACCCAAACCAGAUCGCCGGGAAAGAGGAGGCGGACGAGAUCGGGGUGAUCGAAACGAUCGUGGAGAACGAGGCGAUGACAAGCGGGCUGAGGAUCUCACCCACAAGGACAAAGAGAAGGAACUGGAGGCCAUUCGGGAGCGUUACCUUGGCAUAAUCAAGAAAAAGCGUAGGGUUCGCCGACUUAAUGAUCGAAAAUUCGUUUUCGAUUGGGAUGCCGGAGAAGAUACCUCCAUAGACUACAACAAUCUUUACAAAGAACGUCAUCAUGUUCAGUUUUUUGGCAGAGGAAACGUGGCCGGCAUCGAUAUCAAGGAGCAGAAGCGCACCCAGAGCAAAUUCUAUGGUGAUCUUUUGGAGAAAAGGCGAACCGAAGCGGAGAAGGAGCAAGAGAAGGUGCGACUAAAGAAAAUGAAGCGAAAGGAGGACAAACAAAAGUGGGAUGAUCGACACUGGUCGGAAAAAGACAACGACGAGAUGACCGAACGCGAUUGGCGUAUCUUUAGGGAGGACUACAAUAUCACCAUCAAGGGUGGCAGAAUUCCCAAUCCCAUUAGGAGUUGGAAUGAGUCCGGAUUCCCCAAGGAGAUCAUCGAUAUUAUCGAUAAAGUGGGCUACAAGGAACCCACGCCCAUUCAGAGACAAGCUAUCCCCAUUGGUUUGCAGAAUAGGGAUAUUAUUGGCGUGGCUGAGACGGGUUCCGGUAAAACAUUGGCUUUCCUUAUACCUCUACUUUCUUGGAUCCAGUCCUUACCGAAGAUCGAACGUCUGGAAGAUGUGGAUCAGGGUCCCUAUGCCAUUAUCAUGGCUCCCACGCGUGAGUUGGCCCAGCAAAUCGAGGAGGAAACAAUCAAAUUUGGGCAACCCUUGGGCAUACGAACGGUGGUCGUUGUGGGUGGUUUGUCCAGGGAGGAGCAAGGUUUCCGCCUGCGAUUGGGUUGCGAGAUUGUCAUUGCCACCCCUGGUCGUCUCAUCGAUGUGCUGGAAAAUCGGUAUUUGGUGCUCAACCAAUGUACAUACAUUGUCCUCGACGAAGCCGAUCGUAUGAUUGACAUGGGUUUCGAGCCCGAUGUCCAGAAGAUCCUGGAAUAUAUGCCGGUCACAAAUCUGAAGCCCGAUACCGAGGAGGCAGAGGAUGAAACAAAGUUGAUGGAGAACUUCUACACCAAAAAGAAGUACCGCCAAACCGUGAUGUUUACGGCUACGAUGCCUCCGGCUGUGGAAAGAUUAGCUCGCUCGUAUCUCCGGCGACCGGCUACGGUUUACAUUGGAUCCGUAGGAAAGCCAACGGAGAGAACAGAACAAAUAGUCUACAUGAUGGGCGAGAACGACAAGCGCAAGAAGCUCAUGGAAAUCCUCUCGAGAAAGAUCGAUCCACCGGUUAUUAUCUUCGUCAAUCAAAAGAAGGGCGCCGAUGUGCUGGCUAAGGGACUGGAGAAACUGGGCUACAACUCUUGCACGUUGCACGGUGGCAAGGGACAGGAGCAGAGAGAGUACGCUUUGGCUGCUUUGAAAUCGGGCGCAAAGGACAUCCUGGUGGCCACCGACGUGGCUGGUCGUGGUAUCGACAUCAAGGAUGUGUCCUUGGUUAUCAACUACGACAUGGCCAAGACCAUCGAGGAUUACACCCAUCGUAUUGGUCGUACGGGUCGUGCUGGCAAGACUGGUUGUGCCAUCUCGUUCGUCACGAAGGACGACAGUGCUCUGUUCUACGACCUGAAGCAAUGUGUAACCGCAAGUCCUGUCUCGACUUGUCCUCCGGAACUAACAAAUCACCCGGAGGCGCAGCACAAACCGGGCACGGUGGUCACCAAAAAGCGCAGGGAGGAGAAAAUAUUCGCUUAAAAUCGGCACAUUUUAAGCAAAACUACUUUUAGGCUAAAACAAAAAAUUAAUAAAGUUGGAUAUGCCAAUAGCUAUUCCCUGGCAUCCAAAAUUUCA